UGCUCUCUGCCAGCAAAGGCUGGGCCUACCUCCAUCAGGACCCACCCACCCAGUGCCCUGCGCGUGCGCCCUAUUGAGGUCGCUGCGGAAGUGCGUGGCUGUACGGGGCUGCAGGUGGCAUCGGGCGUGGCUGAGCGCCGUGGCCAUGGACGUGGGCGCUGAUGAGUUCGAGCAGAACCUCCCGCUGCUGCAGGAGCUGGUCCUGGGCGCGGACUUCGUGGGUCUGGACAUCGAGUUCACAGGCCUGCGCUCCAACCUGGCCCGGCCACAGCAGAUCAGUCUCUUUGACCUGCCGGCUGAGUGGUACCUGAAAACCCGGCGCAGUGUGCAGCAGUUUACCAUCUGCCAGAUUGGACUCUCCAUGUUCUCCAGUAUUGAAGGAGAGACCAACAAGUACUUGGCCCAUUCGUGCAACUUUUUUCUCUUCCCCACGACAUUUGGGGUCUUGGAUUCGGAAUUCUCCUUCCAGGCUUCUAGCGUCCAGUUUCUGAACCAGUACGGCUUUGACUACAACAAGUUUCUCAAGAAUGGGAUCCCAUACAUGAACGAGGAGCAGGAGAAGAGAAUCAAGCACAGCAUCCUAUCAGGGAACUGGACGGUGCGCAGUUCCCUGGAUAAAGACCAAAUCAAGGUGGUGAUUGACGAAGUGACGAGGUGGCUAGACCUGGCCAAGGAAGGCGACUGGAUGACCCUGCCUGGGAUUGCAGGCUUCCAGGCCUUCGAAGUGCAGCUGGUACUGCACCAGGCCCUUCCUAACAUCUGGACAGUGCUAAAGGACCAGGGGGUGACAGUGAAGAAGGUAAGCCAGCAGCAACGCUGGUACCUGGAGAACGCAUCGAGCAAGCGCAAGAGUUGCUGGCGGGAGAAGAUCCUACUCUCGGCCCGUGGCUUCUCUGUUUUCUUCCAGAUGCUGGUGAAGGCCCAGAAGCCCCUGGUGGGCCACAACAUGAUGAUGGACCUGCUUCACCUGCAUGAGAAAUUCUUCCAGCCGCUGCCAGAAAGCUAUGAUCAGUUCAAGAUCAACAUCCACAGCCUCUUUCCCGUCCUCAUUGACACCAAGAAUGUCACCAAGGACAUCUGGAAGGAACUCAACUUCCCCAGAGCCUCCAACCUCUCAGAAGUCUAUCAAGUCCUGAACAGUGACUUGAACCCCUCCAAGAGCUCAGGGCCUGUGAUCGUUCAUGCCAGCAAGUGCGAGAAGUACGUGGAAACCCAGUACCCCCACGAAGCUGCAUAUGAUGCCUUCCUCUGCGGAUCGGUUCUGUUGAAAGUAGCCCACUUGCUCCUGCAGAGAGUGCAUGGCGGUGCUAUGCCCACCCCUGCACCUUCCUUCCCCCUGUACCUCGAUGUGCUUGCUCCCUACGUGAACCAGGUGAACCUCAUCCGUGCCGGGGUCCCAAAGAUCAACUUCUCAGGUCCAGAUUACCCCAGCAUCCGCCCCCCCAUCCUCAUCCUCAGUGUCCACCAGUGGCCGGGGGUCAGUGAGCAGCAGGUCUAUUGUGUGUUCCAGAACCUCUGCAAGUUUGACGUGCGCCGCCUGGCACGUGGCCAGUUCCUGCUCCUGACCAACAAGUUUAAGGAUGCCCGGAGCAUCCUGAAGGAGUACCGGGACCACCCCACGCUGCAGGUGUCCCUGUACCGCUACUGGCGACACUCGCCCAACAUCAUUUGUCUCCUUCAGGUCUGCAGCGUGGUCACCACCUGGGCACUCCUGGCAUUUCUCCUGGGGAGAUCAAGCCCUUGAAGUCAUUCAUGAGGCUCCCAUAACUCCUGUCCUGCCCCACCCCAAGAUGGCUCCUGCACUGCUGCGGGGCCCGAUCAUUGCACCUUGUCAGCCACCAGCAGCCCAUAAAGGAAUUUGUG